AGCGCCGCGGGUCUGCGCCACGAAUGAUGGCGGCAACAGCGUUCGUGGUUGCCUGAACUGACGCCAGCGCCGGAACCUCGAACCGCUUAUUUACCUCGCCAUCGUCCUCGUUAUUUGCGCCAUCUAUCCUUUCAACUCACAACAACAUACGAACCAUUUGAUCUCGAAUACCGUUUACACUCAGCCUCCAAGAAGCACCACAAGCAAAGUCGCCACCAUGCACGGAGAAGUGCUCCACCACCUCGUGCGCCGUGGCUAUGAGGCCAUGAGCGACAGCGAGUCUCGCCAGACAAUGGUAGCUGAAGUCAGCGCUGCCCAGAUGCUGCCUCUCAUCCUCACUGUUCUUCUCUUCUCCUUCAUCGUGGCUUCUGUACACUACACCCUGGGUGGCGUCGUGGCUUCCCUAGCCAUGAUUGAGGACCACCAGACCGCUGUCGUCGAAACCCGCAUUCUCGCUGUAGAUGGAAAGCAAGACUCGGAUGCUCCCUUGGACAAGGCUCGCUUGAUCGAUGAGGAGGUCAUGGUUGUUAAACAGACCCCUCUGACGUCUAGCAUCCGCAACACACUCAAGCACCUUACCACAAUUGGCGGCUUCAGAGCUCGCUGGAGAGGUCUGGGAUCGGCUCUCAUCUACGACGUCGUCCGCUCUCUGACCGUCGGCUUCAUCACCAUGUUCGUUGCUGCCUUCACUGGUCUUCCUGUCGUCGCACGUGUCUUUGCCAACAUUGCCGCCAACGUCCUAUGUGCUCGUAUCCACAUGGUUUGGACUCACGCUGUCAUUUCCGAGCCUUCGACUUUGACCUGGUCUCAGCGCCUUGGUCAGACCGACCGAAACAUGUGGCGUGCCCUGGCUCUGCCUGCUUUAGUUCACUCGGUAGCCGAGCUCGCCACUUACGGUCUUCCUGUUGCCAUGUUCCUCUUCGUCGGUCCCGACGUCACCACUGGUGAUGGUGACAUGGACAACCAGCACUUGCUUGCCAGAGGUGCCAUGUCUCUCCUCGCUUUCGUCAUGCUCAACAUCCUUAUCCUGCUUCCUGCCACCGUAACUCGUACUCGUAUUGAGGCCAGCUUCUUGCCCGAGGAGAGCAACACCAUCGUUCCCUUCGACCGCACCUUUAACGGUUCUGUCAACAUGCUUGCUCUGGACACUCGUGCUGCCCGCAAGAGCCUUUUCAUCGAGGCCUGGCGAUCAUUCGACAUGGCCAGCAGAAUUCGCCUGGUCAAGUUCUUUGUCAAGCAAGCUGCCAUUGAGCUCUUCUUCACCAUCACUGCCUUCAUCGCCGUUGGCGCCCAGGCUGUUGCUUUGGGCUUGACCGCUAGCGCCAUCGACAGUGUCGGCGAUGGCGUCGUCGUCAGCAUGGACGGCAUGUAAACCUCUGGAAUGAUUCCAAUAGAUAUGGCGAUAUAUCAUCUCUUCUUCUCUACCAAAUUGUAAAUGGCGUUCAGGUCUCUUAACAAUGCAACGAUACCAUUCUUUCAUAACUUAUGACUCGAGCCCUCGUACUGUGCCUAUUCCUCGUUCUUUGCAUGGCAUAUGUGAGCAGCCUGUACAUCCAGAUGACAUACACCUCAAAAUGUCACGCUAGAACA